CUGUUAUAAUUCAUCCUGUAGGAAAUCCCGUUUCAAGGAGAAAUGAAGAAGAAAAAUGUCUAUACCUUAAAUAUGGGAUAUCAGGAGUCUGAAGAUAUGGAAGGCAAAGAAAACAAAGACAAUACUACUACCAGUGGCUUGUUGUAUAGUGAAGCUGACAGAUGCCCAAUAUGUCUUAAUUGCCUAUUAGAGAAAGAAGUUGGUUUUCCAGAAAGCUGUAAUCAUGCCUUUUGCAUGACCUGUAUUCUUAAGUGGGCAGAGACACUGGCUUCAUGUCCUAUUGACCGAAAACCUUUUCAGGCAGUGUUUAAGUUCAGUGCAUUGGAAGGUUGUGUUAAGGUUCAAGUAAAAAACCAGUUAAUAGAAACAACAAGCAAGGAAAAUGAAAAUGAUUUCAAGAAACAGCUUUCCUGUCAUGAAAAUUCAAAAUGGUGUACAAGGAAAAAGGUCUUACAAGAUCUGUGCACAAACUUUUAUGACUUGAAGUUGAUAAAUAGAAACUUUAAAUAUUGUGAAAUCGGAGGAAAGAAAGCUGCAGCAGUAAAGACAUACAAGCCUCAAAGAUCAAGUCAGUGUACAAGUCACUAUUUCAGAAAUUUUUUCUCCAAUGUGUAUUCUCCAAGUAGUCAUACUGGGGAAUCUUCUUUUACCUGCAGAACUUACUGUACAGACUAUAUAGAAGUUGAUGAAAUCAGUGCAUUGACUAGACAGAAGAGACAAGAACUGGAGUUGUCAUGGUUUCCUGAUACAUUACCUGGGAUUGGAAGAACUGACUUUGUAGCUUGGAAUAUUGAGACAGCAGUCCUUCCUCUCAUCUCUUCGGUGUUGCCAAGAACUAUUUUUCCAGCAAGCACCAGAUCACUAGAAAGUUUGGGUAUCUCUUACAAAGGAUAUGCAUUAGCACAUACUCAAGGAGGAGAAGAGAAGAAACAGACUUCUGGUACAUCAAACACCAGAGGGUCGAGACGAAAACCUGCAGCUACAACUCCUACUAGGAGAUCAACCCGUCACACAAGAGCUGAAACAGUUAAUCAGUCUCAGAGAUCCCCAGUAUCAAGUACUUCUGGUUGUGAUACCCCAGAUAACAAUAAUCCACCUGUAAGUGUUUCUUCUUCAGCUGAGUCAGAAAAGCAAACUAGACAAGCUCCAAAACGGAAGUCUAUAAGAAGAGGAAGAAAAGCACCUUUACUGAAAAAGAAACUUCGGAGUUCUAUGCCUUCCCCUGAAAAACCUUCCAGUGAUUCCAUAGAUGAGGAAACAGCAGAAUCUGACACACCACCAGUGUUAGAAAAAGAACACCAAGCAGAUCUUAAAAGGGGCAACCUUUCUCCUGUGCCGGUGAAUAUAGAAAAUGAAUCUGCUGAUGGCUUGGGAAGUUGUAGUGAAAAAGUAGAAGAAAAUGAGGAAAAUAUUGAGGACUGUGUUGAACAGAAAAGAGUGGGCUCUCCAUAUUCUGAGUCCUGUACCCAAGAUACGCCACUGGUGGUGGGAGAGAAGAAGGAAACUCAUGAUAUUGAGGAGGUAGUUACAGAGGCUGCUACUUUAUGUGUAGACAGUGACAACUUUAAAAGUAUAUCUAAAAAUGAAAGUGAUUCAUUUGAAAAUAAAGAUAAAAAUCCUGAACCUUUUGAAGCAGAGGUGAAAAGAGAUAGAAGUACAGAUGACCCUCCGAAUGACUCUCUUAUAUAUUCUGGGUCUGACACUGACCUACAUCAAUCUGUACCAAGUCUGAGUGAGUUGUCUGAGUAUUCAGAGUCAGUGAUUAGUGAAGAAAAAGCAGAACUCACUGAUCAGAAAGAUUCUGCAGUGAAAUCAGAACAUCUUGUAGAUAUUCCUGAAUUGGAAUCUCUAGAGAGUGAAAUUACACAACCCAUGGAGAAAAUAUCGGUCGAGAACUCAGAGGAUCAAUUGGAAGGACAUACAGAAAAUGAAGAUAUGGAAUCAGUUUCAAUGUGUGAUGCUUCAGGGAAUGAAAUUUCUGAUAGUACUCAAGACCCAGAAAACAAUUUAUUAAAAAAUAACGACAAACUAGAAAGUCCUUUAGAAGAGAAGACAGAGUCAUUGGUUGAACAUCCCACAUCUGCAGAAUUGACUAACACACACAUAGAACAAAUCCAGAAGCCUUUCAGUGAGGACAAUAAUGAAACAAUACCUAUGGAGUGUGAUUCAUUUUGCAGUGACCAGAAUGAAUCUGAAAUUGAGCCAUCUGCAAAUGCUGAUACCACACAAUUGAUUGUACAUUCGGUAGAAUUUGGUUCUCAAAAUAAUCCUCCAUGUUCUGAUUCCACAAAUGAAAAGGCUGAAAUUAAAGCUCAGCCAUCUGAAAGCUCACUAAAUACUGUAGAUAAAGCCAAAAAACCCCGUACUCGAAGGUCUAGAUUUCAUUCAUCUUCUACAACUUGGUCUCCUAAUAAAGACCCUGAAGAAGAAAAGAAGCAUUCUCAGUCUCCAUCUCCCAAAAGAGAAACUGGAAGAGAAAGCAGAAAGUCCCCGUCACCAUCUUCCAUGAAAGAGCCUGUGAAAGGAGAGAUACAGUCUCAUUCUCACUCCCCCAAAAGGGAGGUUGCAAGUGAAAAGAGGCGAUCUAGGUCUCAGUCUCCACAAAGAGAAAGCAUUGAGGAAAGCAAAGGAUCUGAAUCACUCUCCCCCAACACAGACACUAUUAAAGAGAACAAAAGGUGUCAGUUAAAAAGGAAAGAUUCUUCUCCAAGAGAAGGAUCCAGGUCCCAAAGCAAGGAGAGAGAAAGUGAUAGAGAUGGUCAGAGGAGGGAUUUAGGUAGAGAAAAGAGAACUGGAAUGUGGUCUAGGUCCAGAUCUCGUUCUAGAUCACCAUCAAGAUCUAGAACGAAAAGUAAGAGUUCCUCGUUUGGUAGAAAUGACAGAGACAGCUAUUCUAGAAUGAAAGAAAGAUGGCCAGAUGAUGGUUGGAGAUGUUCAAGAGAUGGUGAUUGGUACAGAAAGGAUGACUCAGACAGACAGAAUGAAAACGCAAGAAAAGAAAAAUACAACAUGAGUUCAGACGUUGAUGACCCAAAUUUUGUUGACAGACAUAGAAAUGAGUGUCCCAGUUGGGUAACAGAAAAACUCAGUUUUGGGCCAGACCCAAGGACCAGAAAUCCCGAAAAGUUCAAAAAUUCUCAUUGGGAAGAUAACAGAAACGAAAAUGCAGGGUAUUACUGGAAUAAAAACUUUGGUUCAGGUUGGAUGCCUCACCGGGGUAGAGGCCACCGCAGCCGAGGUCACCGUGGCAGGGGCAAUUACUGGGGUGGCUUUGCCUCUACAGAGCAGAAUGAAAGUUGCUGGCAAGACCGAAAGCCCCUCUCAGGGAAUUCCAAUAGUUCAGGGAAUGAGACUUUUAAGUCUGUGGAGCAGCAACCAAAUAAACAGAAAAGUGAACAGCAGUUCUCAUUUGACACACCAGCAGAUAGAUCAGGGUGGACAUCUGCAUCCAGUUGGGCUGUAAGAAAGACUCUGCCAGCAGAUGUACAGAACUAUUACUCGCGGCGAGGGAGGAAUUCUUCAGGUUCACAGUCUGGAUGGACGAGACAAGAAGAGGAAACAGCUGAACAGGAUUCUAACCAAAAAGACCAAACAAACCAGCAAGGUGAUGGUUCUCAGCUGCCUGUAAAUAUGAUGCCGCCACCAAUGAAUGUGAUGCAGCCACAGAUGAAUGUACAACACCAGCCUAUGAACAUUUUCCCAUAUCCCAUGGGCGUUCCCGCUCCAAUGAUGAACAUGCCACGCCACCCAUUUAACAUGCAUCCUCAGCUCCCCUUGCACCUGCACACAGGGCUGCCUCUCAUGCAGGUAGCUGCUCCUGCCAGUGUAUCUCAGGGACUGUUGCCACCGCCACCGCCCCCUCCCCCACCGUCCCAGCAAGCCAGCUACAUGGCUUCACAGCCAGACGGAAAGCAGCUGCAGGGUGUUCCUGGUACUUCUCAUGUAAGUAACAACAUGAGUACACCAGACUUGCCUGCUCCAGUAGCAGCCCCAGGAAAUACAGGAACAGUUCAGGGACCAAGUUCUGGUAAUACUUCAUCAUCAAGUCACAGCAAAGCCUCUAAUGCUGCUGUAAAAUUGGCAGAAAGCAAAGUAAGUGUUACAGUGGAAGCCAGCGCAGAUAGCUCGAAGACAGACAAGAAAUUGCAAAUUCAAGAGAAAGCAGCACAGGAGGUAAAAUUGGCCAUUAAGCCAUUUUACCAAAAUAAAGAUAUCACCAAGGACGAAUAUAAAGAGAUUGUAAGAAAAGCAGUAGAUAAAGUUUGUCAUAGUAAAAGUGGAGAAGUAAAUUCUACUAAAGUGGCAAAUCUGGUUAAAGCGUAUGUUGACAAAUACAAAUAUUCACGGAAGGGAAGCCAAAAGAAAACUCUGGAAGAGCCUUUAUCUACUGAAAAAAACAUAGGCUGAGACGGGGAGCACUAUACAGGACACUACCAAGAUAUCUGCGAAGUGCAAUUUCAACAUGAACCUUCAACUGAAAAUCAUACAUAUAACUGUGAUUGAAACUUGGUUUUGAUAAGAUUAUUUUUUUUAAUGUAGGAGAUGUUUUGUUCUAAAUAAAUAUAGUUCUGCACUGCAACUUCUAUAUCCUUUCCUCUCCCCUGAAAAUAAAAACCAAUUCAAGAAAAUAAAGGGAUAAGAAGAAUUGGCAUUUUUACUCUUAACCCCAUGAUAAGAUGGAUACUGGGAGUUGUACAGCUUUCUUAUUUGAACAGUGGAGUGCAUGAAUUAGAAACUUCUAAGUGCACUGGUUUUAGAAGACAUGUACAAUACAUAUAUUCUGUCAAGCUAAAAUAAAGUAUACUCUAUGAAUUUUCCCUCUAAUUAUAGAAGUUAAAUAAUGUAUUACCAUGAAAAAUAUUUCUAAUAACAGAGCCUACCCAUUGUGGGUUCCUAAUGUGUAUUUUUGAAGCACACUUCUGAAUAAAUUACUUAAAUAAGAGAUCAAAUUUAUCACUUGAGUAGAAUUCAGUGUUCAACACUUUGGGGCUCAUUAAACCUAUUGCUUCACCAAGUAAAGAUUAUGCUGCUUGUUUUUUGUUUUUUGUUGUCCUCUUAACACCUCACCUGUGAGAUGAAGCAGUUUGAUUUGCUAGAUGUUAGGUCAAUUUAGGAAAAAUAUGUUGACUUUUGUAGAAAUUAUGUUUCUAGUGUCUUCCAUUGAUCGGAGAUAAUCAGCUAUUUAUCACAGCUAUGGAGCUACUGUUAAACGGCACACCUUCCUUCUUUGCAGCUGUGUUGUUGCUCAUCUAAUUACUAAUAAGAUCCCUUUCACAUUGGAGACAUCUCCAGAUACUUUACAACAAAUAAAUAAAUAAAUACUAAUUUGCUGGCCAUGUGGUGGCCUUUUAACCAUGUGGCAAAUUUCUAGACAUUUAAAAAUCUGUUUUGGAACGAGAGAGGCAUUACAUGAUAAGAGUUAGAUUUUCAGGAUGAGAGGGUUUUUUUGUGUGUGUGUUUUUUUUUUUAGGACUAGAAUAUGUUCAAUUUUAUAAAAGGUAAGUUUAAAAUGUCAUGGCAUUACUAUUUUAAUUGGCAUCUUGAAAGCAAAAAGAGGGGGGGGGGAUAUCUACAUGGUGAAUUUCAUCCCAGUCACCAUUUUCAGUAGAUAACUAAGUAACUGGAAAAUUAUUCAUGUAAGAUGUUAAUGACUCAAGAAAUAGAUACAUGCUUCAGUGUUAACUAGUGCGAGCAAUACUCUGUAGGUUUGUGCUUUUCUGAAGUAAAGAUUGUCUGUUCCUAAGUCUUACGUGCAUAAUACUUUACUGGUGCUAGCUUUGAUAGGCAGAUAUAGCUUGAAGUGUUGACUCCAAUAAUAAUUGUGCUAGUUCAUAAUCUUCACUAGAUUAUGAGUGUAAUCCCAAAAAAUGUUAGGCAUAUUUUUAAGCAGUUUUUGAUCUUUAAUCAUCAUUUCUGGGCAUUUGUAAUAUGAUAUUCUACUGAUAAAUAUAUAUAUUUUUAAAGUUUGUGUUAGAUUAUGAUAGGGAGAGAAUUUGGAAGUAUAUUUCUUCUAAUAAAUAAGACAGUGUUUUAAAUAUAUCUAUUGCCUCAUUUAUUUCUGUUUCAAACUAUAGAAAUAAUUGAACUUCUACUCUGGAGUUACAGUUGGUUCACACUGGGAACAUCCGUAGCUAAUUGCUGUGCCUAAGCUAAGUCUCACGUCUUUGGCAGCAGUGCCAUACAUGAUUUCUGGUUGGGGUGCUGGUUAGACUGCACUGAAAAUAGCUUAAGCAGUAUGGUACUGGAUUGGAAUUCAAACUUCACAGUAUUUAAAAAGGAUUGUAUUAGAAAGUACAUGCUUUGUGUUGAAAAGUACACUAGCAUUUUCCAUUUUCUUUUUUUCAGAAAUUAUGUUGACAUAAAUAUGCACAGACACAAUCAAAACCAUUUUAUGGCUUACUGAUGUCUCAUAUAUGAAGGGUCUGUAUGACCUUUGAAACCGUGGUCCCUUUAAGCUCCUUGUCACAUUGACCGGUGUUAGGGGUUAUAGAGAGGACUGGAAUUUCGAGACUAAGAUGAAGUUACUUUAACAUUCCACUUUUUUUUUCUGUGAUUUUUGCCCCAAGAAUUGCUACAUUUUUGUUACCUUCUUUCAAGUGGCCCAGUGAAUGUUGCUGGAAUGUUCUGUGCACAGGCCGCAGCUUCAGAAGCACAGUGUUGCCCAUGGUCGCUGAGCCCGUGUUUGUUCUAUGAGGUUGGAGUGCUGUCUACUGAAACAAUAUUCAAAACAAGAUAUGUAGUAUGUAAUGUUUUCUAAUAAAUGCUUUUGAUAAACAA